AUGGGUCUCUCGUGGAGCAAAUUCACCAGGCACCACCAGAGCUCUCAAUUACCGCCGCCACAGCCACAGCCACAGCCGCCGCGGCCGCCGCAGCACCAGCAGCAGCAGCCGCCGCCACGACCUCUGCCAUCUUCAUCGCCGCGGCCGCCGCAGCACCAGCAGCAGCAGCCGCCGCCGCGACCUCUGCCAUCUUCAUCGCCGUCGCCGCUACCACCGCCGCUUCCUCCUCCCGCUCCACCUGCUCCUCCUCCUCCUCAGGCCUACUGCUACAACCCUUACCCUGCGCCUCCGCACCCUCCGCCGUACGUGCCGGCUCCGCGGCCUCCGAUCCCGCUCCAGUUCGGCCCUUACGUUCCACACCCGCCCUCGAGCUCCCGCACUUACGCGCCUGUCCCGGUCAAUUGCUACCCUCAGGCUCAGCUCCAUCCUCACUACUCGCAGUUCCUCGGUUACUACGGCAACGGCGCGUGGGCCUCCGGCGGCCCGGUGCGACCCGUUGCCGCGGCGGCGCCACCGCCGUACGUUGACCACAAGACGGCGAAGAAGGUCAAGAACGACGUUAACGUGCACAAGGACACGAUCAAGCUCUUGCUCGACGAGCAGAGCUCGGAUUCACACCUGGUUUCGUUCACUUUCGAUGCGCUUGUGGAUGGCAGUAUUACCAUACUUUACUUUGCUAAGGAAGGGGACAACUGCACUUUUAGUCCUAUAUAUCCUGAGAUGCAUGCACCCAAAAAAAUUCCAUUUCAGAAGGGAGUGGGCCAGAAGUUCUGUCAACCUUCCGGAAGUGGCAUUGACCUUGGUUUCUUUGAUGUGGACGAGCUUUCGAAGCCCUCCCAAAAUGAAGAUGUUUUCCCUCUUGUUAUUUGUGCUGAAACAAAUGUACCAUCUCCCGUGGAUGAGCAGCCCAAUCAGUCUUCGCCUGCAUCAUCUUCCCAGGCUCAGAUUACUCUUGCAGUCCUAGAGAAAAUUGAUGAGGGCAAUUUUCGAGUGAGAGUCGUUAAGCAAAUCUUGUGGGUUGAGGGAGUUCGUUAUGAGCUUCGUGAGAUAUAUGGAAUUAGCAAUGCAGAAGACACUGCCUUUGAGGACACUGAUCCAGGAAAAGAAUGUGUCAUUUGCAUGACUGAGCCAAAGGAUACAGCUGUUUUGCCUUGCAGACAUAUGUGUAUGUGCAGUGAGUGUGCGAAAGAGUUGAGGCUCCAAUUCAACAAAUGUCCAAUAUGUCGCCAGCCGAUUCAGGAACUCCUUGAAAUAAAAGUAGAUAAAGCACCGUCAUGAGCAAGGUUCUUUUCUUUCCGAAGAAGCCACAUGACUUGUUACCGGUGGUGUUCAUAUAGCUUUCUUGUAUCAUAAUGCUAGCAAGCAGCUUCCGUUGCUUGUGGAAGCGGUUGUUCAUACAAACGAUUCUUUCAUCUUUUGGGGG